ACUGCAGUCGCAUCCUUCCCAUCAUCAGUCAGUUGUCAAUCAACAAUGAAGCUCCUCAUCCUUUCUUGUGUCCUGGUGGGAGCGCUCGCUGAGCUGCCUCGCUACCGCCCAGCGAGGUUCCGGCUGCAGCGCCAGGAGCUCGCGCCCACCACCACGGAGUCGGCCACGGAGCCCACCACCGAGCCCGCCCCCUACCCGGCCUCGGGGUGGAAACCCUCGGGGGAACCCUUCACGCUACCGCAAGAGACACCCAAAGAUUCCUACGGACCACCGCAACAGCAGAACGCUCCCUACCCUCCGUCCGGAUGGCAGCCAGAUGGCCCGAAGCUGACUCUGCCUCAGCAAGCGCCGCCUUCUACUAGCUACGGUGUUCCUGACAACUCUUAUGGAGCACCAGACAACACCUACGGAGCGCCCACAGAGAACCCCGACGCUGAGACGACAGAGAACCCCCAGGCAGAGAAGCUAGAAGGGCCAGUUGAAGUCCAGCAAAGUGCGGGGACAUACUACGUGCUGUUGCCCAACGGAGACCUCCAGAGGGUUCAGUUCAUGACGCAGAAUGAUGUCCAGAACAUGGCCUACACCGCGAGGCUACAACUACGGGACAGGAUCCCCUUCUUCUUCGCUAACGUUUGAGACCCAGUGAGUGACCUGAUUAUUGUAACCAAAGUAAUGAAUAAAUGGCUGAAUGUAUUACAUCUAAA